AUGGAGCCUCGCACUUUCUACCGGGAAGAGAUCAACAACACGACCUGGGAGGUGGUGGAAAAGUACACGCGUCUCAAGCAGAUCGGUACCGGGGCAUACGGAUCCGUCUGCUCGACGAUCAACGAGAAGACCAAAGAGAAAGUGGCCAUCAAGAAGCUGCACAGGCCGUUCCAGUCGGAGAUCUUUGCGAAGAGAGCGUACCGCGAGCUGCGUCUGCUCAAACACAUGAAGCACGAGAAUGGACACAGCGACAUGCACCAUCUGGACCCAGCCGCUGUCACAAAGAGGUGGUCCGACAGCAGCAUGAGCAGUGUCCUGAUGUGGGACAUGAGUUUCUCUGGGGGCUUCGUGUCCGGUCCUGAGGGGUACUCCCCGGAGCCCCUGCACUACUACGACAUGCUGGCUGACCCUGUGUACCACCCCAUGCAUGACCCUGACCUCCAGCUGCUCCCGUACAGCCCCCAGCAGCAGCAGCAGCAGCAGCAGCAGCAGCAGCAGCAGCAGCAGUACGGCUCUAGCUUCUGUGUCUUCUCCCCUCUCUCGUCCUGCUCUCCCUCCCCCUCCUCUCCCUGCUCUUUGCCCUGCCCUCCUUUGCACCACUACAGCCCCCCUUACCCAGAGACCUUUGCCCCCAGCCCAGGGCCUCAGUGCAGCGGGGCCACUGAGGAGCUGGGGCCCCCGGGGCUGCUCCAUGUAGGGCGGAGGCUGAGUUCAGGAGGCAGGAGGAGGGACCAGGACGAGCUGUGUGUGGUGUGUGGAGACAAGGCGUCGGGGUAUCACUACAACGCUCUGACCUGUGAGGGCUGCAAAGGUUUCUUCCGCCGCAGCGUGACCAAGAAGGCGGUGUACCAGUGCAAAAGCGGGGGCAGCUGUGAGAUGGACAUGUACAUGAGGAGGAAGUGCCAGGACUGCCGGCUCAGGAAGUGCCGGCAGGUGGGCAUGCUGGCUGAAUGUCUGCUGACGGAGGUGCAGUGCCAGUCCAAACGCCUGAGGAAAGGAGGCCGAGGAGGCAGGAGUCAGGACCAGGACAGCCCUGAUGGGAGCCAAAGGGUCAGCUCAACCAGCAAGCAGCGGCAACAUGUGCUGUGUCCCAGUCUGACAGAAGCGCAGAAGUGCAUUGUGGACAGGAUGGAGGAGGCUCACAGACUGUUCAGAACACAAGACAGCGGCUUUGACCGAAUGAGCGAGUGGCCGUGCACGGACAAAGACGACGCCCCUCAGCUGCACAGACUGUCGCAGUUUGCCAGGACAAUCCCAGGCUUUGAGCUGCUGCAGGCCUCAGAGCAGAGCUGCCUGCUGUCGGCCGCCUCAGUAGAAGUCCUGUUCCUGCUCUCGGCUCAGCAGUUCUCCCACUGUCCCGACAACUCCCCAUCAGGUCUGCAUCUGUUCAACAUGAGGUCUCACAAGUGGCAUAAGAAUCCAAAAGAGAAUCUUCCCAGCAGGACGUGCUCCAUUGCAGAAGUGGGUGAUGAUUUGCUGGAGCCUGUAGUGACGUUCUUUCACAGCAUGGUGGCGCUGCAGCUCUCAGAGGCUGAAUAUGCUCUACUGACUGCCACAGCUCUCCUCUGCUCAGACCGGGCCUCUCCUCAGGCCUCUCAGCGUGUGGAGAACAUGCAGGAGCUGGUUCUUCACCUCCUCUCCACAGUGUGCGGCCCCCAGAGCAGAGCAGAGCGGGGGCCCCAGCGGUUUGGACGCUUGUUGAGCAGACUGACGGAGCUGCGGACCCUUCGACACAACUACCUCCUCCUCAGACAACAGCGUGGACCGACCCCACCUCCACUUUGUCACCUGUAG